AUAAAUUGAUGCAUGCAGGAAAUGAAGAAAUGCAAUACAAAGUUGAGUUCAUAAUUAACAAACAAUAGUAUAUUGUAGCAGCUGGUUCUUUCUUUUGAUCAAUCAAUCAAUGGCUUAUGUUAAGCUUGCUUCUUUUGCUGUCUUCUUGCUUGCUGCAUUCGUAAUGUUUCCGAUGAAAAAAGUAGAAGGAGCAGGAUGUCAACAAAGUUGCGGUACCUUUUUGCCAGGUUGUCGUAACGAUUGUGAAUGCGUACCCGUUGAUUGUACGUACGGUGUUUGUGUGGGCUUUUGCGAAAAUGACAAUGUGGUAAGUGGAAAUUUUCACAGGAAGGUUGAGGAACAUCCUAAGUUAUGUAUGUCUCAUGAUGAAUGCACAAAAAAGGGUAGUGGGAAUUAUUGUGCUCACUUUCCAAAUUCUAAUCUCAAAUAUGGCUACUGUUUUGCCUCUGUCUCUGAAGCACAAGACGCAUACAAGAUAGCCUCUAGCUUGAAAUUCAAGAAAGACUUCUUGAAGAUGUCUCUUCCUGCUUAAUAUCGAUAUGUGAAAAAAAGCCUACGAUGCUAGAUAUAUAUUAUGCAUCUAUGUACUACUUUAAAUAGUAGUCUUUGUUUCCGUCUAAAUAAUUGGGUUUCUUAAUAUCCAUCCAAAUUUCAAUAAUGAUGUAUAUGCAUGGUUGUGGCUAUUUAAGAUAUGGUGUUGAUUUGCAAGUAAUGUAUGCCAUUACUCGUUUUUCAAUUUUCAAAUAUAUAAUAUAUAGUUGGAGAUUUCUAUUUUUGCUUUCA